UGCGGCAAUGGCGGCGCCCAUGCUUCGCGGGUGGUGGUUUGCGAGGCGUGGGGCUUUAGCCUGCGUUGACGGCGGGUCUCGCCAUGGAAGAGGGGCCGCGAUUGGGUGCAGGUCCAGCGGGCAAAGGGGACAGAGCUCCGUGGCUCAGCAGCCCCUCAUCACGGCCCAGAAGUCCGGGAAAGGUGAACACGAAUGGGCAGCUGUGGUCGGUUUGGAAAUUCAUGCCCAGAUCUCUUCCAACUCUAAACUCUUCUCUGGAUCUCAAGUCCAAUUUGCAGCACCUCCAAAUUCUUUGGUAUCUUUCUUUGAUGCAUCUCUGCCUGGAACUCUCCCGGUUCUCAACAGGAGGUGCGUAGAAGCUGCGGUGAUGACAGGCCUGGCACUGAAGUGCCACAUAAACAAGAAGUCUUUGUUUGACAGGAAGCACUACUUCUAUGCAGACCUCCCUGCAGGCUACCAAAUUACCCAACAGAGACUCCCGAUUGCCGUGAAUGGGAGCUUGGAGUACAGUGUCUGUGUGGGGAAGAAGCGGAGUCAGGUGAUCACCAGGACCGCGAGGAUCAAGCAGAUCCAGCUGGAGCAAGACAGUGGCAAAAGCCUCCAUGAUGAGCUGCGGUCUCAGACACUCAUUGAUUUGAACAGGGCAGGAGUUGGCCUUCUGGAAGUGGUGCUGGAGCCUGACAUGUCCUGCGGAGAAGAGGCAGCAACAGCUGUCAGGGAGCUGCAGCUGAUACUUCAAGCCCUGGGGACUAGCCAGGCAAAUAUGGCAGAGGGCCAGUUGAGAGUGGAUGCUAAUAUAUCUGUGCAUCAUCCUGGAGAGCCUUUGGGUGUUCGAACUGAAGUGAAGAAUCUGAACAGCGCCAGGUUCUUGGCCAGAGCAAUAGACUCUGAAAUUGAGAGACAAAUCAACGAACUUGAGAACGGACGUGAAAUCCUGAAUGAAACUCGCUCAUUUGACUGCAAGCUGGGGUGCACCAUCCCGAUGAGGGACAAAGAAGGAAAACAAGACUACAGGUUUAUGCCCGAACCCAACCUGCCUCCCUUGCUGCUCUAUGACACUGCGUCUUUGCCUCCUGGCGCAGACCCACAGCAAGUGAUCAACAUUGACAGGAUUCGGGAGCAGCUCCCUGAGCUCCCCAGUGAGACCCGGGAGCAGCUUGUUCAACAGUAUGGGAUGCUACCAGAACACAGCUUCACCAUACUGAAUGAAGUUGGCCUACUGGAGUUCUUCCAGAAUGUGAUAAAAGAAACUAGGGCAGAGCCAAAAAAAGUAACUAGUUGGAUCCUCAACAAUUUUCUGGGUUUUUUAAAGCAACAGAACCUUGCUGUCAAUGAGAGUCCUGUCACACCUUCUGCGCUGGCUGAGCUUCUCAACUUGCUGGACAGAAAAGCAAUCUCUUCAUCAGCAGCUAAACAGGUGUUUGAGGAAUUAUGGAGGAGUAAAGGGAAGACUCCAUCACAGAUUGUUUCAGAAAAGCAGCUGGAACUGAUGCAGGAUGGAGAGGCGCUGGACCAGGUCUGCCUCGCUGUGAUGGAGGAGCACCCGCAAGUGGUACUGGCCAUGAAGAGGGGAAAUCCCAGAGCUAUAAACAAAAUGAUUGGGUUGGUCCGAAAAGCAACUCUCAGCCGAGCAGACCCGACUGUGAUAAAGGAGAUCCUGGAGAAGAAGCUGUCAUCGUGAGCCAUUCUGGGUCCCUGAGGGAGAGUGGGCGGCCGUGACUGAGAACCAGAGCCUGGGACACCUGACAUCCAGGGGCUCAACAGAGCUGGUGCCUCCCAGGCCCUGGCCCCAGCUGGAGCCCCAGGAUGCCCCCCCCACAGACCAGCAGUGACAGCCCGGUUGCUUCAUGGACCUCGAAAUGGCUCCAACCACAGCAGUGGUUAGCAAAUAGCACGUUCCAGUGCUCAGUGAUUCUGAACUAAAGGAGGCACCAUUUCAGAUGAUGUCACCAUUCUAAGAAAACGCCUCAUUCUGCAAUUCCUUAACAAAUAUUUCUGAGUAAGUCCCAAAAACUUGGGUCCCAAGCACUGCUCUGGGUGCCAGGAAGGAACAGUGGUCAAGAGAGACCAUGGUUGAGACGCAGUAUUUGAGACCUGAAAGUAGAUGAGUGGGACUAAAAACCACAGCAGAAUCGACAUGCUGUAAACACAUGGUUGUCUCGGGAGGCCUCUGAAGAUGGGGAGGAGGGUUUGGUCUUACUAGCCUUUCUCCAUCUGUGGACUAAGAGGAAAAAAACAAAACAAAAAAAAAAAACACAGAAGUUUUCAAAUAAAUUUAAUGAAUAAAAUAUAUACUGAAAUAUCACAUAAAAAAUUAACUUACACUUCAAAGAUUGUGCAGUUGAUAACUCUUCUGCCCCACCACCCAGGCCAGAAAAAGGAUAAAAAGGAAAAAAGCUGUAACAUUAAACUGAUUUGUUUUGCCUGGGAAGAAUAAGAUUAUCAACUAGUACACCAAAAUCAUGACCUUUACCAGUAAUUCCAGUGUGGUUAACAUCUUCAUGAAGCCUGGGUUGCCCUUGCCCCUGUGCUGGGGACAGUAAUGCCAUCUGUCUACCGCACUGGAGCGCCCCUCUGUUCACUGCAUGCCUGUUACCUCUGGCUCAGAGUGCUUAAAGACCAAUUUCUCAAAUGCUCCUUUUUAAAAACACAUGUCAAACCGUGGCAUAAGGAACAGACCAGAUUCUGGAGUCUCCGCGUUUACGCUGAAGUCCCCUAGCCUACUAAGAAGAGUCUGGGCAUUGUCAUCACGAGUAGUGCCGCAGGGGCAGCUGGGAGACUGGAGAAGAGCAGACCCUCCCUGUGGCCAGCGUGGCAACGGAUGGUGCUCCAGCAGCUGGCGGUUACUCAGGACUUCCCUAAGAGUGUGACAGAAGCGUCGAGAAGGCAGGGACAGAAAGGAGACCAGCUGUGUGCUUUAUUCCAGACAAGCAUGAAGAGGUAAGGUUUUUUUAAAAAAAAAAAAAAACAACUUAGGAUUGUGAGGGACUGUCACCUCACCCAGGAGGCUGUGUGCCCCUCACGCAUUCUGUUCCAAUACUGAAAACUACUGGACCUCGGAGUAAAGUAUUUUUCUUUUUGAGAGAAAAAAGGCAGCGUCCAUUCCCUCCCCUUGUCUUGCAAGUCUGAAUUACAGAGGGGCAAAGGCAAUCAAAGACCGAUUCUGGCAGGAUCACUGUUAGAAAUAACAUGCCUUUUUCACCAAAAGUCUGGCUUCUUGAACACCAAACUCUACAGAAGACACUCGGGGAGCUUUCCAGGCCAUUUUAAAUCAAGGCUUUGGGGGCAGCUGCAUGAAGACAUUUACCCAACCUGUUACAUCCAGUGUAAACUGUGGUAUGGAUCAUUUCCAGAGAAAAAUGCCAUCAUGAGAACAUCUGAUCUUUACACUGAUGACUGUCAAUCUCUGACAAUUGCCCCAUGAUCUUGCAUGCUCACUUCUGACAUCCUGAAAAUUGGACAGGUGUGUUGUUGUAACUGGUAAUAGAAAAAGUCAAAGCACAGCUCAGGUAUGUUACUUGGAACCUGACCAUACAGUCAAAAGAUGUGCUUGCACAACAGUGUCAGAAAUUCACAAGUAUGGCUCUGCUCAUAGUCUUUCCAUGAGUGAGAAGUCAGUCUGGUUGUUUGCUGUUCAGAUGAAAAUCUCAUUAAAAUGUAUGAGUUGGUGCCACAGGUAAA